CGCGGUAGGCGCCGCCGCCGCGGCCGCUGCCGCCCACCGCCCGCCGCCCACCGCCACCCCUCGUAGCCGCCUAAACAUGACUCCGCCUCCGUUAUAACCCCCCGCCCCUCCGCCUCCGCCUCCACCCCCCACCCCCGCCUCGCCAUCGACGCCAUGGCCCCGCCUUCUCCCCCCGCCCACGCGGCCCGGCGCGUGCCGCCCCCGUGCUGGACCCCCGAGGAGACCGUCGCGCUCGCGCGCGCCUACACCGCGCGCCGCCUCGCCGUCGGCCGCGCCCACCUCAGCUCCGCCGACUGGGCCGCCGUCGCCGCGGCCGCCACCCCGUCCAAGACCGCCAGGCAGUGCCGCCACAAGGUCGAGAAGCUCCGCCGCCGCCUCCGCUCCAAGCGCCGCCGCCCUUGCCCCAUCCUCGACGGCAUAGAUCUGCUCGACGACCCUUCGUCGUCCCCCUCGCGCUCCCACUCCCCGUCCCCGCCGCCGCCCGCCUCCCCGCUUCCCCCCUCUCCCUCCCCGCCCAAGAAGAGGAGGCGGCCCGAUCCCGAUGAAGAAGGGUAUUAUGCCGGGGAGAGCGACGUGGUGCAGGCGGUGAGGGCGAUCGGAGAGGGAUUCGUGCGCGCCGAGCUGAGGAGGAUGGAGGCGGCGAGGGAGUCGCAGCGGAUGCGCAUGGAGAUGGCCCUGCGGCACCUCGACGCGCAGCGCCGGCUCCUGGACGGCCUCGUUGGCCGCAUCGUCGACGCGUUGGAAUGAAGCGGCGGCGCGGCAAAGGUGUCCCCUCCUUUCAAGAUCUUUCGUGCUUUCUCCUGGUUACACACUCCCUGGCGAGUUGAGGUGUUUAGAGCUACGUCCUUCAUAUACUCCAUGUACCUGUGAUGGUCUGAUGGAUCCUGGUUGUCUCAUCACAUAGAUGUAGAUGCGUAGAGAGCAAAUCCUGCUGCUUUUACUGUCUUCUGUAUAGUUGUCUGGCCGAGUGGAAGCACUUCUUAUGGGAAAGAAAUGGAUCUUGAGUUUUCUUCA